GAUCGGUGAAAGUGAUUUUAGUUUAACUUCUCUUGGAGGACUGGUUACGAAGACAUACCCACACACAUGCGCAGUGUAAAAAAAGACGUAGUAUAAAUAUAAAUCUCGCCUCCAACCACUUCUUGGCUAGUGCUCGAAGUUUCAGCAUGGCUAACAAAAGACUUUGGCUGUGUUGUUUUUUGCUCCUUGGGAUUGCUUAUGCCCAGGAUGAGGAAGGUGGCGAUUCUGAAGCUAGCGCAGAGCAGCUGUGUGAGAAUAGGCCAGCUGAUGAAUAUUUCCGUCUUACAACGGAAGGAGACUGCAGAGAAGUAGUCAGGUGCGAUAUGAAUUCAGAUAAUAAUGGCGUCACUAGAUUGGCAUCAGUCAAAUGUCCAACUGGUCUCGCUUUCGACCUCGAUCGACAGACAUGCGACUGGAAAACUAAUGUCAAAAAUUGCGAUCGUUUAGAAAAACCUAGGAAGACACUUCCCAUAUUUAAGACUGAUGAACCCCAAUGCCCUGAUGGAAAACUGUUGUGUGGCAAUGGCGAGUGCCUUGACAAGGAACUCUUCUGUAAUGGAAAACCGGACUGCAAGGAUGAAUCCGAUGAAAAUGCUUGCGAUGUUGACACUGACCCCAACCGUGCACCAGACUGCGACCCUACCCAGUGUGUUCUCCCUGACUGUUUCUGCUCUGCUGAUGGUACCAGAAUUCCAGGAAGUCUUGAACCAGCCAACGUUCCCCAAAUGAUCACCAUUUCCUUCAAUGGAGCAGUUAACGUAGACAACAUCGAUUUAUACGAAGAAGUCUUUUCCGGCGCCAGAGCCAACCCCAACGGCUGCCAGAUCCGAGGAACAUUCUUCGUAUCCCAUAAAUACACCAACUACUCUGCCGUGCAAGAUUUGCACAGACGUGGUCACGAGAUUGCCGUCUUUUCUCUGACACACAAAGAAGAUCCUAACUAUUGGAGUCAAGGCUCCUACGACGAUUGGUUGGCUGAAAUGGCUGGAGCUCGUCUGAUCGUUGAACGUUUCGCUAACAUCUCUGACGGUUCCAUCAUCGGAAUCCGUGCACCUUACCUUAGAGUUGGUGGAAACAGGCAGUUCGAGAUGAUGGCUGAUCAGUUCUUCGUAUACGACGCUUCCAUCACUGCUUCAUUGGGUCGUGUACCAAUUUGGCCUUACACCUUGUACUUCAGGAUGCCACACAAGUGUAACGGGAACGCUCACAACUGCCCAAGUAGAAGCCAUCCAGUGUGGGAAAUGGUGAUGAACGAAUUGGAUAGACGUGACGAUCCAACCUUUGACGAAUCUCUUCCUGGUUGUCACAUGGUUGACUCUUGUUCUAACAUUCAAACUGGAGAUCAAUUCGCACGUCUCUUACGUCAUAAUUUCAACCGUCAUUUCAACAGCAACCGUGCGCCAUUAGGUCUUAACUUCCAUGCCUCUUGGUUGAAGAGCAAGAAGGAAUUCAAAGAAGAACUCAUUAAAUUCAUUGAAGAAAUGUUGGGACGUAACGACGUAUACUUCGUUACUAACCUCCAGGUUAUUCAGUGGAUGCAGAAUCCUACCGAACUAAAUGGUCUCCGUGACUUCCAAGAAUGGAAAGAAAAAUGCGACAUCAAAGGACAACCUUACUGUUCAUUACCCAACUCAUGCGCCCUUAACACCAGAGAACUUCCUGGAGAGACCCUCCGUCUAUUCACUUGCAUGGAAUGCCCCAACAACUACCCAUGGAUCUUAGAUCCCACAGGAGAUGGAUUCUCUGUUAGGAAAUAAUUUAUUUUAAUGCAAUUUUCAUCUUAAAGAUGGUUUUAUUUAAAAGACUUUGUAUAUAGCUGUACUCAGUUUCCCAAGAUUUCUACCAACUCUAAAACUUCGUACUUGCCAAAUCUCAUCUUUUCUACUUUUAUAUACGAAGAUAAUGUUAUAUAAUAAAAUAAUUGUUAAAUAAAAACUUAAAAAAUUA